AUGUCUAUCUCCUCCAAGACUGCUACCACCUACGAGUCCGAGUACUCGGCCCACAACUACCACCCAUUGCCUGUGGUGUUCCACAAAGCUUCUGGUGCCCACGUUUGGGAUCCAGAGGGAAACGAGUAUUUGGAUUUCCUUUCUGCUUACUCUGCCGUGAACCAGGGCCACUGCCACCCUAAGAUUGUUGCUGCAUUGGUUGAGCAGGCCUCCAAGUUGACCUUGUGCUCCAGAGCUUUCUCCUCUGACGUAUUUGGUGAGUACGCCAAGUUCGUAACCGAGUUCUUCAACUACGAAAUGGUUUUGCCUAUGAACACCGGUGCCGAGGCCGUCGAAACCGGUUUGAAGUUGGCCAGAAGAUGGGGUUACGUCAAGAAGGGUAUCAAGGAGGAUGAGGCCAUCAUUUUGUCUGCUGUGGACAACUUCCAUGGCAGAACAUUGGGUGUUAUUUCCAUGUCCACCGACCCAGAUGCCACCACCAACUUUGGUCCAUACUUGAGCGGUGUGGGUCCUCAGAUUCCUGGCGAGCCAAAGGGUACAUUGUUGAGAUACGGUGUCAUUGAGGACGUCGAGAAGGCCUUCAACAACGCUGGUGACAAAAUUGCUGCCAUUUUAUUGGAGCCAAUCCAAGGUGAGGCUGGUAUUGUUGUUCCUCCAGAGGGUUACUUCACCAAGGUCCAAGAAUUGUGUAAGAAGCACAAUGUCUUGUUGAUCUGUGACGAGAUUCAAACUGGUAUCGCUAGAACUGGUAAGAUGUUGUGUUACGAGCACUACGAAAACGUUAAACCUGACAUUGUGCUCUUGGGUAAGGCUAUUUCUGGUGGCGUAUACCCAGUGUCUGCUGUAUUGUCUUCCAAGGAAAUAAUGUUGACCUUGUCCCCAGGCUCGCAUGGUUCUACCUAUGGAGGUAACCCAUUGGCCUGCGCCGUGGCCAUGGCUGCUUUGCAGGUUGUCAAAGAUGAGGACUUGGUUAAGAGAGCCCAGGACUUAGGUGCCUUGUUGCGUUCCAAGUUGGAAGAAUUGAAGAGUGAGUCUGAUGGUAUCAUUUCCGAGGUCAGAGGAAAGGGUUUAUUGUCAGCUGUUGUCAUUGACGAAUCCAAAGCCAACGGCAGAACUGCCUGGGAUCUUUGCUUACUCAUGAAGGACCACGGUGUGUUGGCCAAGCCUACUCAUGACAACAUCAUCAGAUUGGCUCCUCCAUUGGUUAUUUCUGAGGAGGACUUGUUGAAGGGUGUCUCUUCUAUCAAGAAGUCUUUGGUGGACUUGCCAAACGCUCCAAAGGCUGCUCACUAA